AACGGCUAGGAGCGGGUGAGACGGAAGCGGCGGCGAACACGACCCUGCGGUGUCGAGCAAUUUUUUCGCCACCCCCGUCGAUCUCGCCAUCCCACCCCGGCAAAGUCCCCCGUCACUCUCGCUCGCCUCCCACUCCGCUCUCUCUCUCCCUCCAAGACUGCCGCGUCGCACGCUUCUCAGCUUUCUAGUUUCUAAAGCUUAGAACCACGCCACGCGACCUAACCCUAAAAUAGUCCCUCUGCAUGGUAUCGUUUUUCACGAUGCCCUUUCCUCCCCCGCUAAGCGCUCGACAUUAGACCUCCCCGCCCGCCGUACUUUCCUUCCCAGCUCGCCGUCCCCCCUACCUUCCUGCCUGUUCAACAGCACUUCUUGUCCGGGCUUCCCCUACUCCCUCCCUGGUCCCCCCUCCUUCCCCGCCAUGCUUCCCCCUACACUCCCUCCAGCCAACACUAGCACCAGGAGAGCCCCCACCUCCUCCACACCCAGGGCCACAGUUAGCAAGGCUGGCACAGCCAGGCUCGAGGCCGUGUCCUCAGCAGGGGAGCCAGCGACCGGAGCUGUAGGGUCGGCAGGAGCGGAAACUGGAGCGGAGGCGGAGGGGGAGGUGGCACGGGCUGGGGCAGAGAGGGCCGCAUUAGGGGGUAUGGCCCGGGCCUAUGCGCGGUCCAUGGCCGCAUGUGGUGCGGCGCCGGAGGCAGCGGCAGGAGAGGCUGCAGGUGUGGCAACAGCAGGGGCGGUUGCAACAGUGGCAGCCAUCGGGACCGCGGCAAAGGAGGCUGCCGCAGGAGUCACCGCAGGGGGUACUCCAGCGGAGGCUGCUACGGCAGAGGCAGAGGCAGGAGAGGCUGCAGGGGGGAAUGUGGAAAAGGCGGCUGCAGAGGCGGCAGCAGCACAGGCUGUAGCCGCAGGGGGAGGAACGACAGCCGUGGUCAGGGCACACGGUGGUUCGCCCACCACGACCAACCAGCCUGCCCUGCUCCCCCUACCCACAGGCGGACAGUCGCAGGGGGCAGAUGGGGAGACGGAGGCGGCAGUUGCGGACCUUCUAAGGAUAUGGGACACGUCCGCCACCCCCUCUGCGCCCGCUUGUCCGGGUCGGGUGGGGGGGGGCGCCAUGGACUCUGCUCCAGACAUCUCCCAUGCCCCCCCUUCCCCCCUGUCCACCGCCCUCACAUCGGAGCGCAUGGUGAUCGAUGACUCCGACGCGGACCCUUUUAGCUGUCUCCCAGCCGUCCGACUCCCGGGGAUGUGUUUCGAGAGCGGUGCGGCCGAUCCCACCACCGCUACCACUCGUCUCCUUCCCCACGUUCCCUCACUCGCCCCAGCCCCACCCCCAGGACGGCUCGGCGUGCAAGCGCAAGCGCACGCUCACCCGACGCAGUCACCCGUUGCCGGCGACCAGGCCCCCUCACCCUCCCAGCCCUCCCACCCCCAACCACAGCAGGGGGUGGUCACCCUGCGGACCUCAGUGGGACGACCUGGCAGCCCCGGUACAGGUCGCCGGAAGGGGAGCAAGACCAAAGGGGCAUCGGGGACAGCUCGGCCGCCAGGGCAGACGGACACGAGCUCAGCCGAGAUGGACAUCGAUCCAGAGGCGGAGGGAGCGGCACCAGCACCUCCCAAGCAGCCCUACAUCCCCCCCCAGCGUCGACCUCCCCCUCCCAUCUCUUCCCCCCCCUCCCGCCCACAUUCCUCCACCCAGGUCCAGGGCCAAGGCGGCCCACCCACCAUGACCGACCAACCCGCCCUCCUUCCCCCACCCACAGGCGGACAGUCACAGGGGGCGGACUGGGAGACGGAGGCGGCAGUCGCCGACCUGCUCGGGAUCUGGAGCAUAUCUGCUACCCCCUCUGCGCCGCCCCUAGGCCCAGCACCCCGGGCCGCGAGCGACCCGGCCGACGACCCCCAUGCCGCCCCCCCGUUAUCUCCCUCCACAGCCCUCGCACCAGAGCGGAUGGCUAUCGACGACUCAGACGCGCCCCUUGGCCCCCCACUUGGCCCAGGCAGGACCACGCCUCCAGGCGACCGUACCUACGCUCAGUCAGCACACACGCACUCUGGCCCUCCCCUCGAGCCUGAUGCAGCCCUUGCCCCUGCCACCAUCCCCCCACCCCAUACGGCCACAUCUCAGGCUCCUAUGGUCCCCCCUCCCAGCUCACAUCCAGGAGGAGCGUUUUCGCGGCCCAGUGCUAUAGACCCUCACCCCCCACCCACACCAGCACACAGCUUGACACCCGCGGCCGACCCUGCCACCGGUGUUUUCCCCUCCCCUCAGGAUGCAGGGGCCGCACCUAGGCCCUCGGGCCCCCCGUCGACCUCUCCCCCUCUUGCGACAUCGCCGCCGCCGCUGACCCCCGUCCGAACCCAGGUGGCAGGUGAGCCUCCUUCCCCAAUGCCGGGCGACUAUCGACCGGACCCGGUUGUCGAGCCGGCCGCCUCCACCGCCAGCUCGGGCGAGACCGCCCACACCGAUCACGCGGACGAGUCCACGCCAGCCCAUGAGGUGAGAUGUCCCACGUGCCUUAACCUCAUGGCGGACGAUAGAGCUCUCCGACACCACACACCUCACUGCACCCCGAGCAAUGAGGCACGCCAUGUGCAGGCCCGCCAGGAGGCCGCCUCGGUCGGCGGGUCACUCUCACGUCCGGGUUCAUCUGUCCCCGUCUUUUCCGACAUGCAGUGGGCACAGCUGGACUCUGUGGAUUGGAGGAAGUAUUUCUCCCCAUCCCGGACGCAUGCUCGCCCGCUCCGGCGCAUCCCGCCGAGGGUCCGCGGAGGCAUCUCUGAUGUCCUCCGUGCGAUCACCGCCCGUAUGGAGCAGUAUCCGGACGCCGACGGGCCCCACUUCUUGUUUACGGCGGUGCCGACGCUGUUCUUAGCGCCGGCCACUCCACCAGAGCGGGGCCACACAGCUUCCAUCGCGGCUCGCAUCGCACGCUUCUUCCGAGGUGAGUGGGACCCUCUCUUCUCUGACGCGCUGCGUCGUCGCACGCCCCUGCCCACCCGCACAUCACGUCGCACCCCCGGCACCGCCACGUCGGGAGACGAGCGUCGGAUUGCGCAUUGCCUACGCUUGGCAGCGUGCAACGAGACAUCUCGUGCGUGCGCGGCACUGGAGUCGGCCGAGGCGGCUCCAGACACGGAUCGCACGGUGCAUAGCCUACGGGCUAAGCACCCUAGUGCGGAGCGCCCUCUACCGGAGUGGCUCUCCACCUUCCACGAGGGCGGCCUCGUGCUCUCGGCCACCCACCUGCGCCAGGCCAUUUUCACUGCAUCGCGGGGCUCGUCGGGAGGACCUACCGGAUGGGUGGCGGAACACCUCCGCGACACCUUUUUGGCGUUCCCACAUACCCUGCCCUCCUUGCUGUCUGUAUACCAGCUCUGGCUCGGAGGACGCUGCCCCUCAGCUGCGCGCUCUCUAUUGGCUUCGUCCACCCUCGUGGCUCUCGCGAAGCCGAACGGGGACGUGCGGCCGAUCGCCAUUGGAGAGGUGCUCGUGCGCGUCCUCUCCCGCGCAGUCUGCCUCCAACUCCGCGACCAGAUGGCGAGAGUGUUCCUCGCGUCACAGCAGUUCGGAGUCGGGGUCACGUGUGGCACAGAGGUCACCGUUAGAGGCGUCGUCCGUGCUCUAGCCGACCACCCAGGCUGGGUGGUUCUGCAGCUAGACGUGGCCAACGCCUUUAACUCUUUCUUUCGCGACGUCCUGUUCCAGGCACUGCAUGCCAGCCCUGAGUUCAGGUGUCUCAUCCCAUUCAUUCGUCUUUUCUACGGCACGCCGUCCGAUCUGAUCUAUCGGGCCGGUAGGGGAGUCACCACGAUGCACUCGGAGCGCGGCACCCGGCAGGGAGAUCCGCUGAGCCCGUUUCUCUACGCACUCACGCAGCGCCUCGCCCUGGAGCCCGUCCUGGCAGGUGGUGAUGUCCAGCUCUGGUCGUACGCCGACGACACCUACCUCGUGGGCCCUCCAGACAGGGUGCUGCACCAUUUCACUGAGGUCGUGAGGCGCUUGGGCGAGUUGGGCCUUGCUGUCCAGCCGCACAAGUGCCUUGUUCAUCACACGUCCGCGAUCCUGCCCAGCGAGGUGCAGGCUUUCACCGGUCUUGGCAUCGAGGUCGCACGCCGGGGGCUCACCGUGACGGGCGUUCCGGUCGGCACCGAUACCUUUGUGAGGACCAGCCUGCGCGACCGACUGGAGAGGAUGGCUGGGGUGCUGCUAGAGGGGGCAUCAGGGGACCAGACAGAGCAGCAGCCCGCGCAGCAGCAGCAGACGCCAGCCGCUCGCACAGGCCGCAUAGGGGCACCCGCCCGCAUUCCCGACCUCACCUGCAGGGCGCCGCGAGAUGCAUUGAUGGUGAUUGUAGACGUCUCGGUGGCAGACCCACAGCGGGAGGGGAAUGCGCAGUUCAGGCGGAUGGCACCCACUCAGAUUGGCGGCGCAGCAGCUAGGUGGGUGCAGGAUAAGCUGCGACACUGGAGGCCGGUGUUACAGGGGGUGCAGCCGGAUCCAGAGUUCUACGCCUGCGUAGUGGAGACUUUUGGGUGCCUGAGUGAGCCACUGCGGCAGUUCCUAGGGCUGUGUGCAUCGCGGACAGCACGGCGGAGGAGAGAUUCGGGGGCAGGGGAUGACGGGUCGGCACGGAUAUUUGAGACGAGCCUCACUACGCGUCUCUCCGUGGCACUGCAGCGGGCGCAGGCAAAUGUGAUCAUGCAGCAUGCAGUGCGGCAGCUGGGCGGCUCCGACAAUGGAUGGAUGCCAGCACCUGUACCUUUGGGCGCUGGGCAGGGGAGUUGGCACAACAUCACAGGGUGCUUCGAGAGUGCAGCAGACAUGCAGUAUAUGUAUGAUGCAUAUGUGUAAAAAAAACAUAUAUAGGCCGUGCUUGAGACGCUGUGCCCGCGCUGUGCGCGUGGGCUGUUGCUUUGUUAGGUCCCAUGAUGUCCCUCUAAUACA